AUGAAUAAGUACUUUACUCCCAAUCUUGUAGAGAGUAAAAAUGUGGCUGAAAAUUUGCUGAAUAACAAAGAGGAUAUGGGAUUAAAUGAUGAUGAUAAAGUUCUUGAACCUGUCAAUAUGGAUGAAAUGGUUAACAAUAAUAAUGAAGAGAUUCUUGAACCUCUCAUUGUAGAUGAAUCUAAUUUUUUUGAGAAAGAUGAUGAGCAACAAAAGCACAAGAUUGGUACUCAGUUAGCUAAUGAAGGAUACAAUGACUUGCAUAAUUUGAGUCGUUGUCUUACAGCCCAUGAAGCGAUUAAGGAGCAUAUGGAGUGCAUGACUGAUUGGCUUGAAUUAGAAAGAAGGUUGCAAAAGAAUCAGACAAUUGAUGCAAGAGCACAGCGUAUUAAAGACCAUGAAACUUAUACUACAUAUCUCGGUAGCAAAAUUCAAAAUGAAUUGAUAGAAAUGUUGGCAGGUGAGGUAAGAAAGAAAUUACUUGCAAAAGUCAAAAAGGCAAAAUACUUUUCAGUCAUCUUAGAUUGUACUCUAGAUAUUAGUCAUAAGGAGCAAAUGUCUCUUGUCAUAUGGUGUUUGGAUGAGUCAGAAAAUUCAACAAAAGUGAAAGAAUACUGGAUAGAAUUUUUAGAGGUGGAUGACACUUAUGGGCUUGGACUUUUUAUGCAUCUUAAGAAUGCUUUAAUCCAUCUUGAGCUUGAUAUUGAUGAUAUACGAGGUCAAGGAUAUGACAACGGAUCUAACAUGAAAGGGAAACACAAGGGUUUGACAGUUAAGCCAUUGUCACAAACACGCUGGGAAAGUCAUGUUGAGAGCGUGAAACCUAUAAAAGAACAAACUGCACAAAUUAGAGAUGCUUUACUUGACUUAACAAAUAAUACUGAAGAUCCCAAAACAAGAAGUGAAGCAGAGUCCUUGGCAUUAUAUGAACUUGAGAAGUUUGAAUUCUUACUUGGUGUGUCCGAAAAUAUGGAUAUUGAUGCUGCUAUCAAACUCUUACAAGGAAUUAUUAUAUUUCUUGAAGAGUAUAGAGACUCUGGUUUUGAUAAGGCAAUGGUUGAAGCUAAAGAAAUGGCAAGUGAAAUGGGCAUUGAAGCAGUAUUUCGAGAAAAGCGAGUUAUUCGUAGAAAAAAACAAUUUGAUGAAAGUAGUAGUACAGAAAUAACAUUGUCAGCAGAGGAGUCCCUUAGAGUUAACUACUUUCUCUUUAUAGUUGAUCAAGCUCAUUCAUCUAUCAAGUCUCGAUUUGCACAAUUUAAAAAAUAUCAGGAAAUAUUUGGUUUUCUAUUCAAUGUGGAGAGAUUACAACGUUCUGAUGAUGAAAGUUUGUUAAGGUCUUGCAAGAAUUUUGAAAGUUCUCUUGCACAUAAUGGUUGUUCUGACGUUAAUGGAGAUGAUUUGUUUUCAGAGUUAACAUUUUUAAAGUGCUAUUUACCAGAGGAAUCAAAAUCAGCUAUUGAUGUACUAGAUUAUUUGAAAAAGAUAGAUGGUUGUUUUCCAAAUGAUCAUGUGCUUACAAAAUCCUGCUGA